CCGCCUAAGAUCGCGAUGAACGCCUUUCCCAAUGGCCGAAUUAGGUCCUUUUCUCCCUACACUGGUCGAUUUAUAUGACGCCCAAUUCCAGACCCUGUGCCAAACAAUUUGGGGCUGGACACCAUGUUCUCUUUGCUCAAUUGCGAGACCCUGCGUCGGGGAAGAUUGUCCGCACCGCCGGCUUCUGAGACUUGAGCCCUUCUUUCAAUUCUACAAAGAAGUGGCGGGAUCCUAUGUUCCCGAAUCGCUGAUUCCUGACGAUCCGAGAGCGCUGAGUUGCCACCAAGACUUGAUUGACAUCAUUCGACUUCUGCAAGAGAAGCCUUCUCUACCGCGGAUGCAACUAACCAGAGAGUUCUUCUCUGCAAGAAAGAGUGUGGAAAAGGAGCAGCCGCCGCUUGCUGACCAACAUCGGGCCUUCAACCUGGCUAUGAGGGUACUAGUCAUGGUUGGUUGUCGCAUCGAACACCAAGGCGGAGGUCUCUUGGAGUUCGGUACCGAUCCUUGCAUUUGGCGGAGCGACCAAUCUCCCCUCGACUUUACUGCAACAGUCUUUCCCGUCAGAGAGCACCCGAGUUUAAAUGACGAGAAUCAAGCAUCUCCCGACAUAAAAACCGAACUGUCUGCAGUAAAGCUGAAGCAAAUUGCCGGCCUGAAGUUUGAAGGAACGGCAGAGCUGAGGGAACACCUGAAGCUUGAUCAAAAGACUGGAGUUGUAGAAAUCUACCAUUUUACUAGCGUUCUGAAAGAGCAUCUCAGAGCUUCAAUUGAUCCAAUUGCGUGUCUAUCUUCUCCAGAAGCAUUAAUUAGUCGCAGACUGGCUCUCGAAACCCUUUACUCACUUCAGCUUCUCUUCCCCCUAGAUCCUGACUCACAAGCAUUACUUAGAUCUCUCGUUUCAAAGGAAUCGUUUGAUCCAGAUUGUUUACGCUUCGGUUCUGCUUCAUACCGACGCAUUGAUGAGAACAAUAUUCCUUUUCAGUACUGGGGUUCUCGGCUCAUGGACCUUUUUGAUGAAAUUGAGAACCCCAAGCCUCGGGGUUUCGUGCAGACCUGGCUGGACCAGAAGAGCAAGGCGAGACAUAUCAUGUUAGCCACACUGGCUGGACUGUUUAUUGCUAUUUUGCUAGGCUUUCUAGGGCUUAUUGUAGCGAUAGUUCAGACCUGGAUUUCUUAUCAGGCAUGGAAGCAUCCUGUUACCUAAUAAGUGGGUGAGGAAACGAUGUCAAUGGUGAGCCCUGUUUGUCUGCUGCAAAGCGACACUUAUUUGCACAGCCUUGACUAAUGAACCUCUUUCAAGCUUCACAAACACUAAUGUUGCAUUAGACUAGGGAAAUUUUAAUAAACUCAUCAUUCUCUAAUUACUCUGCAAUUGCUAAACUAAAGGCCCAUUGUCGGACUAUACAAGUUGUGUCGUGACACUUAGCUGCUCAGAACCACGCUGUACUGGCCAUCAGCAUCGUUGUUGCUGCUAACAAGGAUACCCGGCUGAGCUCCACAGAUCUUGUUGAGACCGGCGCUGUCGCAGACGUUUCCUUGAGAGCUGGUCGUAACAACAGUGCCGAGCUGAGCCUGAGGCUGGAACUGAACAAAACCAAUUUUACCCUGGGGAAUCAGCAGUCCCUCAGAUGUACCAUGCGUAGUAGCAAUAGAAACACUG